AUGCCUGACAAACCACCUCCCCCUGAAGUACACACUGGCCAAGGAGGGACACCCUACCCUGCUAAUUAUGGAGCACCAUAUCCUACAGGAGGUAACCAGGGCUAUCCACCUCAGCCAGGCUACCAAGGUUAUCCAGCAGCGGAUGGCAGCCAGAACUAUCCACCACCAGGAGGCUACCAGGGCUACCAACCGCCUGCCGGGAACCAGAACUACCAGCCCCAAGCAGGUUACCCUAAUGCGGGGUACAUGCAGCCAAGUGGAGAUGCUAUAGCCAUGCAGCCUUUGCCUGGAGGACCCCCAGGAGGUGGGGCGGCAGGGUGGGCACCUGCUCCACAGGGAGCCCCGGGACCCCCGGCACCUCCAGCUAACUGCCCCCCUGGCUUGGAGUACCUCACACAAAUUGACCAGCUCUUGGUGAAACAGAAAAUUGAGGCUAUUGAAGCUUUCACUGGAUUUGAGACAAAUAAUAAAUACGAGAUCAAGAACACCAUGAACCAGAGAGUGUACGUUGCAGUUGAAGACACCUGUUGCUGCACUCGUAACUGUUGUGGUUCUGCACGUCCCUUUGAUAUGAAGAUCAUGGAUAACCAUAAGAAGGAGGUCAUGCAUCUGUCCCGCCCGCUGAGAUGCAGCACCUGCUGUUUCCCCUGUUGCUUACAGAAACUGAUUGUGGAGGCACCAAAAGGCUCUGUCAUUGGCUACGUGCGGCAAGCCUGGAGCUGUUUCCACCCCAGGUACAAGAUCAACGAUGCUAGUGAUCACACUUUGCUGCGGGUCAAGGGGCCAUGUUGUAGGUGCAACAUGUGUGGCGAUAUCGAGUUUGAGAUAACAUCUGCUGAUGGUGAGACCCAUGUUGGAGAGAUCACCAAACAGUGGUCAGGCCUGGGUAAGGAGAUCUUCACCGAUGCCGACAACUUUGGAGUCACUUUCCCACUGGACCUGGACACCAAAACAAAGGCCACAGUUCUUGGCGCUGUCUUUCUGAUCGAUUUCAUGUACUUCGAGCAUGACAGCGGAGAUGUCAAGAAAGAAGCAAAACGACUGACCUAG